AUGCGUGUAGGUGAUGGGGGUGUUUCUGUAGGUGAUGGAGGUGUUGUUGUAGGUGAUGGGGGUGUUCCUGUAGGUGAUGGUGAAAGGAGUGUGCCUGUAGGUGAUGGAGAUAUGAGUGUGCUUGAGGAUGAGGGUGACCAAUCUGUGGAUGAGGACUUUUGUGCAAGUAGGGACACUGACAGUGAUGGAUUGCAGACAAAUAUGAAGAAGCAUUCAGAAGUGACCCUCAAAGAUCACUCAGGGGGGCAUAAUAAAAGAACCUGUGAAUGGAAGAAGCUGGCUGAAAGUGGACUUCAAGAAGGUGCCUUUGACAUGGAAGCUGAAGCUGAAGCUGAGGAGUUGACUCAAGGAGAUGAGUUCCCACCUGCAAGUCAGCCUCAAUCCCAGCCUCAAUCCCAAAUGAGUGCAACAACAUCAAAGGGAGCAAGAAAAGGCACUAAAGAGGCUGCUUCUUCAAGUAAUCUAAUGCCAUAA